AAUACCUCAGAAAACAUUAAACAAAGUCCUGUUUUAUAGGUCAAGUAUUUUGGGAAAACGCCCGCGGCGCACCACGUGCGUAAUGACGAAGAGGUUGUGCCUCCGAAUCGAGCAAUUAAGACUCUGAGGUUUCAUUAGGACGAGGAAAACAGUGCAGUAAGUUGUGAAUGUGAGUGGACAGCAAUGAGUCAUUCUUCACACCAGCACCGGCACAUUUGUGCGCGUCUGUGUCAGCGUCGGACAGGUCUCCAAGUCCAUGGAUAAAAAGCGCCGGCAGGCAGCAGAAUGGUCGUCGCGGGAGCGAGUAACGGAACUUUGGGUAGUGACAUGAGGUCUUCAUUUGUGUCAGAGGACAAAGUCGGCGGUGGGAAUCCUGGCGGCUCCAUCGACAUCAUGAUCUCUGAGGCUCUUGCGCCGCGGCUCCUGAAGAUUGCGCAGGGCGCCGCAGAGGCUGCGGCAGCAGUGGCAGCAGCAGCAGCGACUUCUCCGUCCACCUCCACUCAGCCGCAGGUCAUGGAGACGAACGGGACGCGGUGCGGCGAGCAGAUCCUCAGCUACGGGCGCGUGGAGAAGGUGCUGAUCGGCGGCGUCCUCACCAUGCUCACGCUGUCCACCAUCUGCGGGAACUUACUGGUGGUCAUCUCUGUGUGCUUUGUGAAGAAGCUGCGCCAGCCGUCCAACUACUUGAUCGUUUCUCUGGCCGUGGCGGACCUGUCCGUGGCUCUGGCUGUUAUGCCGUUCGUCAGCAUCACGGACCUGAUUGGCGGUCAGUGGAUAUUCGGACAGUUCUUCUGUAACGUUUUUAUCGCCAUGGAUGUGAUGUGCUGCACAGCGUCCAUCAUGACCCUGUGCGUAAUCAGCAUCGACAGGUAUUUGGGCAUCACCAAACCCCUGACAUACCCUGUUCGCCAGAACGGCUGCUGCAUGGCGAAGAUGAUCCUGUCCGUGUGGCUGCUCUCUGCCUCCAUCACCCUCCCCCCCCUCUUCGGCUGGGCGCAGAACGUCAACGACGGCAGAGUCUGCCUCAUCAGCCAGGAUUUCGGCUACACCGUCUACUCCACCGCCGUGGCCUUCUACAUCCCCAUGUCGGUGAUGCUGAUCAUGUACUACAGGAUCUACCGAGCAGCCAAGCUCAGCGCAGCCAAACACACCAUCACCGGCUUCCCCAGGGAGGGGGAGCACCGUGCAGGGGUGCCUCAUCGGGCUGGGAGAGGGGGGCCUGAUGCCCUACAGCAGUCGGAAUCAGGGGAAAUGGGGAGCGUUGAAGGGACAGAGGCCGAGCAGGAGGAGGAAGCUGAGGAAGAGGAGGAGAGCCUGGACUGCGUGGCGGCGGCGUUGAAGAUCCAGCGGGAGGUGGAGGAGGAGUGCAGCAGCCGCGUCUCCCGCCUGCUGAAGAGCGGCGAGUACCACCAGCGACGGAAGAGGAAAAACCAGUCCAUCUUCAAGCGGGAGCAGAAGGCCGCGGCCACGCUGGGCAUCGUGGUCGGUGCCUUUGCCUUCUGCUGGCUGCCCUUCUUCCUGGUGUCCACGGCCCGGCCCUUCGUCUGCGGCGUGGAGUGCAGCUGCGUGCCGCUUUGGCUGGAACGAACUCUGCUGUGGCUCGGCUACGCCAACUCCCUCAUCAACCCCUUCAUUUACGCCUUUUUUAAUCGUGACCUGAGGACGACGUACAGCAACCUCCUGCGGUGCCGUUACAGGAACAUUAACCGGAAGCUGUCGGCAGCCGGCAUGCACGAGGCUCUGAAACUGGUGGAGAAGCCAGAAGCUGAUGCAUGAAGCUGUGGCUCUGCCAGCCGUUAAUGCUGGGAAAAGACCCAACAGGGCUCAGAGAGGAGCGCGAGGCCUCCAUGCUGCCAGACUGCUUGCUUCUCCAGACGAUGACUGGACGCUUAUGAAGCUGAAAUGAGUGGUUGACGGAAAGCCGGCAGUUUAAAGAUGGCUGCUGCCUGGAUGAAGAGUUCUUUGGGCAUGUUUCCAACUUUGCAUUCAGCUAAAAGCCUGGAUGGAAUUUCUGCAGCUCAGCAGAUGGAAAAGAAAAAAAAUGGAGGAUUUCCUGGAAGUCAAGCAGGCCAACAGAGUACAGCUCUGCAUUUUCUAAAAAGCACCGUAAUAAGCUCACAGCCAGAUUGAAACUCUAAUAACAUGUAAAAAUCCAUGUUUGUAUCAGUGGACCAGCUGGGGGGGUGGGGGGGUAUCUGUCGUACCUGUUUCCAGUUUAUAUCUGUUGCUUAUUGGCCACUUUUCACUGUGUAGAAAGAGCAGAAACGUGCUCCAUCAUGUCACCCCCACUUCUUUCUAUUUUUUGAUCAAUGUUUUGUUGUUUGUGAGUUUGUUUUUGUGAUUUGCAGCUUACUGAUGGAGAACGCAGAGAUGUCGCAAACCUCUAGAAGAAAAAAGAAACUUUCUGCACGUGCCCGAGCCGUUUCCCGUGUUGUCUUCUUUCACACUGUGUGCAUCAUCUUUUAGAUUUGGCUCAAAGUUACGGAAUUUCUUUCUCCUUGUGCUUCAUGUCACAGCAGAAACAGCUGAGGAAACAGCUGACAAAACAGCUAAUGAAACAGCUGACGAAACAGCUGAUGAAACAGCUAAUGAAACAGCUGACGAAACAGCUGACGAAAUCUGAGCAGAAGUUGACGGCGGUUAAAGAGCCGACUUUUCAGGUCGCUCUGCUUUCUCUUGUUAUUUCAAGCUGCACGACUCGACUGUAACUUAUGUUGUUUCCAGUUUGCCCCAUUUUGUGAAAAACUAUUAAAUCACAAUUUGUAGUAAAAAUCCUGCUGCAGCCCAAAUGUUC